AUGAGUGACUUUUUCUUGUCGGUGGAGGAACAACGCAGCUUUGAACGUGAUCUACUUGAGUUUCAAUCCGAGUGUGCGCUUCCGGUCUAUUUUAUUGAGAAACCUUCCACGAAGCGAUUGUUCGCUCGAAUGCCGCAGUAUGGGCUACCUAGCCGUAAAGAAAUCGGUGGCCGGAUGCUCAAGGCCAACGCUGAGACGGCUGAACAAGCCUCCAACGCGAACCUGCGAGAGCGUCAGGAAGAGACAGGAGGCCGCGUAAACUUUCUAUGUGACGUUUGGCAGAAUGUGGCGAGGCUUCAUCUUCUGGCUUGCCAUCUAUUUCUCUUUGGUGUACUUGUCCAGUUUGAACUCCUGUCGUGUGACUCAAAUCACCAUGGAAUCGCUAUAGCAAAGCAAAUGGAGGAGGCAAUUGCGCGAGCCUUAGCACUAGGAUGGAUUGUGCGCGCUGCUAUUACUGAUGAUGCUGGGCAAUGCGCUAGGGCAAGACGAAUCUUGGCACUGCGAUGGCCAAAUAUCGUGUUUCUACGGUGCUUCGCUCAUGAUGUGAACAAUUUGGUGAAAGCAGUCCUCAAGACGGUGUUCAAGACUGUUACAAAGCAGGCAGCCACUGUCACCGCAACAUUAAACAGCUCGUCUUCUAAGUGGCUUGUGCGCCAAUGA